AUGUGUCCAGAGUUUGAACGACUCGAGCGCGUCGUGCAGAAGGAUGUGUGGGGCCCCGAGCUCGACGACCAAGGUGCUCCUGCCGAGCAUCGCAUGGUAAAGAAGUUCAGGCGUGCUGCGGCUGGCAUUGACGAGCAAUUACCCUCAGACUUGCGCCCUCCCACUACCCUCAAAAACACUGUCGAAUACCUCUUCAAUGAAAUGGUCGCCAAUGCCGAAUCACUGGGCAGCGUACACCACUUUGUCUGGGACCGCACUCGCGCCAUCCGCAACGACUUCUCAAUCCAACAGAUCACUAAACCUGCUGAUGUCGAGAUCGCCAUUGAAUGCUACGAACGUAUUGCCCGCUUCCACAUCCUGUCGCUACACCAGCUCGCCGUGCCAGACAAGCCCUAUGACAAGUACGACUGGUACCAAGAACGAGAACAGCUGGACCGUACUCUGUUGUCGCUGAUGCAGUACUAUGACGACUCCCGUGGCCGUGUCGACUGCAAGAACGAGGCCGAGUUCCGCGCAUACCUCAUCAUUUUCCAAGCUCAGGACCCAACACCCGAUCUCGAUGAAAGAGUCAAUACUUGGCCCGUCUCUGUCAGAUCUGACAAGCGUGUGAGAAUUGCUCUACAUCUCAACUCUGCCGCUUCGAACAUUGUAGAUCCUCAAGGUCCUUUGAAACCUCGGGCUGUAUACCCAGUCGCUCGAGAAGACUGGGCUCACUUCUUCGACCUCGUCCGCUCCAACAAGGUCUCCUAUCUCAUGGCCUGUGUAUCCGAAAUCUACUUCAAGCUUGUCCGACGAACAGCUCUAAACGCCAUCUGGCGUGGCUUCAAGGGCCAGGUCUUCGAGUUCACCCUGUCCUUGAUGACCCGCAUACUUGGCUUCGAUGAUCCCGAGCAGACCGAGACUUUCUGUCAGCAUUUCGGCUUUGUCUUCAAGGCGUCAAACUCUGGCGGAGAGGAUNUUUUGGAUCUGGACUCAGUGAAGGGCAAGGCAUUCCCUGUAGAGACGCCUGGCUUAGAGCAUCAGACAUUCUCAGAGGACCUGGUCGAGGUAAAGCGUAUGGGCCGUAGUUUUUCUGCUGUGAUAGGUGGUUAUACUGUAGCAGAAGCGCAAAGCUCUGGCUUGGUCGAUGUCAGUUAUGACAGCCAGAUGGAAGAUCAUGUGGAAGAUCAGGCGGAAGAUAGCCAAGCUGAAGACGAUCCUGAUUCUCUCUUCAUCCCAGAAGGCCCAUCCAAGUCAGCCUUCGGCACUGCAGCAGCUCUAACGUCAUCUCCAUUCGCAAAUCCGUUUGCUCUGAACAAACCACCUGGAGAAGCGCAACCGCCGUCACUCUUUGCUCAACCAAAGCCAACGAGCUCCGCUUUCGGUCAGCCCUCAGCAUCCACUGGCUUCAAUUUUGGGAAACCUUCAGUCAAUUCAACUUCUUCAGAGGCACCAACAUCUGCCACAGCAUCUCCGUUCGGCUCUGUCUUUGGUCAGCAGCCUAAAAGUGAAGAUCUCAACACUUUUGCAACCACGAAACCUCCCGUCACUUCUGAAGUCAUCACUAGCACCGAACAACCAACCAAGGCCCCUGACAGCCUAUUCUCUUUCACGAAGCCUGCAACCAAUAACGAAAAGGACUCACCAAAACCUUCACCCACACAAGUAGAGGCGUCUGGACCUACAAACUCUGCAAACGGUCCAUCUUUAUGGGGAAGUCCUGUCUCUAGCCAGCAAACUUCGUCUAUUCCCGCUCCGUCAUCAUCCAUCUUUGAAGCUCCUCCAACCCAAUCACUACCGAAACCUUCCUUCAGCUUCUCUUCUACCUCUCAAACGACUGCACGACCUCCUCAGUCACCACCAGGUUCUUCAAAAAGCCCUUUUAGCUUUUCCUCUUUGACGAGUGAUGACAGCAACUCAUCAAAGCCAACACAACAAUCAAUUGAACCGACACAAACACCUGCUUCCCUGUUCAGCAAACCUACCAUCUUCCCCAGUGAACCGCCUACUGUUUCACAAGCUCCUUCGCCACCAGUUACAAUCAAUGGGACCCCUGAAGUUUCAGUUUUCAACGCAUCUCCUGCACCAAAGCUUCCGCAGUUCAACUUCAGCCAGCCUUCUCAGCCCAAAAAGCCGAGCCCUUUAUCACAGUCGUUUUCUCUGGACGACAAAGCUGAAAGUGCGACAACAAAGGCUCUGACCGCAUCACUACUUCAGUCUUCAACUGAACCAGUGCCGCAAACACCCAUCGCUUCGCCACCCAAGCCCACAAAGUCGAAAGAUGAGAUACUUGAACAGCUCGCUCGAGAGGUCGUCUUGGAUGCCGACAGAGGGUUGAUCAGACAGUUUGUCGAGUAUCAUGCUCGCCAAACAGUCAUGGAAGUUUAUGAUGAGCUAUAUAUGGAAAGUAUCCGCGAACUUGCAGAUACUUUCAGAAGAGAGACUCUUUCUUACAGAUUUGGCAAGAGAUGGCGCGAGAUCUGUUGGCGAAGGAGAUUGGCACGGCAGGGUCGAGAACGUCGCAAACGCGCCAAGAAGGAUCAGAGUGCGCGCGAGCUAAAGAGGAAGCUCGCUGCUGAGAAAGACGCAGUCGACGAUUUCCUCAAGUCUACAAGGUCCACAGUGAAUCUAGGCGCGAGCCUUCGAGAUUCUCGAUAUAGCCUGGACUCCCAGCCCGAUGGUCAAACAUCCCUCGAAGAAGCCAUGGAUCAGUCGACGACGAGGGACCCGCAUGGAAACAAGAGAUUGAAGAGCCUGGACAAUAUCGACCUCGAGACGCCCAAACGAAAACAGCCAGCCGCAACUCCGCGAUCCAACUUCCUCGGUUUCCAGUAUGCUUGGAUCGCAAAAUCGUCCUGCUAUAUCUAG